AUGCCCUCCGCAGCACCCAUCACCAUCGCCAUCGGCGGCGACGACGCCGGCUACGCCUACAAGUCCGCCCUGAAAUCCCUCCUCUCCUCCCACCCGCUCGUCGCCUCCGUCCUCGACGUCGGCCCGGACUCCGAGUCCGACAAGACGGCCUACUCCACCUACGCCAUCGCCGCGGCCGAGCUCGUGGCGCAGGGCAAGGCGGACAGGGCGCUGCUCAUCUGCGGGACGGGACUUGGCGUUGCCAUCGCCGCCAACAAGGUCCCGGGGAUCAGAGCGGUUACGGCGCACGACAGUUUCAGCGUGGAGAGGGCGGUGCUGAGCAAUAAUGCGCAGGUGUUGUGCCUGGGACAGAGGGUGAUUGGAAUCGAGUUGGCGAAAAGGCUGGUGCGGGAGUGGCUGGAGUAUCGGUUUGAUCCGAAUUCGGCGUCUGCGGCCAAGGUGGAGGUGAUCAAUGAGUACGAUAGAAAAAGGCAAAUGUCUGUAGCGGCAGCGAGCUGA